AUGAGGAAGAAGGGGGAGCGCGCGGCCAAGGAGAAGGCGGCCGCGGGGGCCCUCGAGGAGGAGGCGAAGAGCGCGGCGAGGAAGGCCGAGCAGGGCGGAGGUGAUGCCCCCUCGGCCCUGGCGGGGGGUGGGGGGGCGGCGGGGGGCCGGGCCGGGGAAGGGGAGGCCGCCGGGGAGGGGGUCCCGGGGCGGACCCCCCCCUUGGCAUCCCGACGCCCUGGCUGCGGCGGGGGCCGGAGCCCCGGGCUGGCGGCGGGCGCUGCCCUGCCCCGCGCUGCCCUGCCCCGCGCCGCCCUGCCCGCAGAGGAGCACCAGUGCAGCGGCCUCCUGGAGCAGGACUUCCACGAGCUCUGCGCCCGCGCCGGCCUCUCCCGCAUCCCCAAAGUCACCCUGCGGCCGGCCCCGGCCGCCCCCGGAGCCGAGGAGAGCGAAGCGCCGGCCGAGAAGGACAUCCACGCCCGCCUCGCCCGCAUCCAGAACAAGUACAGCUACUUCCAGCCCUGCAUCCAGGUGGAGACUGAGCACGACGACCCCAAGAACGUCCGCGCGAUCUUCCUGCGAGGCUGGAAAAUCGAAGAGAAAAUGCUGGGCAUCUUGAGCAAGUGCCUGCCCCCCCUCGCCAACCUGCAGGCUGUGCACCUCUGGAAAGUCGGCCUGACGGACCUGCUGCUCCCGCCGCUGAUCGCUCUCCUGACGAGCUGCACCAGCCUUCGGACGCUCAGCCUGGAGGGGAACCCCUUGCCCGAGCACUCCUUCUACAAGCUGAUGGGGAGCGAGAGCACGCUGGCCCACCUCUCGCUGCGCAACAACGACAUUGGCGACGCGGCCGCCAAGCUCAUCGGGCAGAGCCUUUCCACGCUCGGGUCCUCCAACCGGAGCCUGGUCUCCCUCGUCCUCAGCUUCAACCGCAUCUCGGAUGUGGGAGCCGGCUACAUCGCGGAGGGCUUGCGCUUGAACCGCUCCCUGCUGUCCCUGUCCCUGGCGCACAAUGACAUCGGUGACACCGGGGCCUUCAGACUCGCGGAGGUCCUGGCCCCCUUCGCGCUGACGCACGCCGAAGUGGUGGAGAGGAGGCGGCUGCUGCUGAAGGAGCCGCUGGGACAGUCCUGCACGAAACACAGUGAGAUCAAGAGCGACCAUCCCUUGAGCCUGUCCAGCAACAUGGCCCUGGACAAGCUGCUCUCAGCCAAGCAGAACAAAACUGCGGCCAAGAAGAAGGAGCUGCUGCGGAAGGAGGAGAAAGGGCAGCUGGGGCCAAGCAGCAUCAGCGGGACGAGCAACCUGGCUGCCCUGCCCGGGCGGAAGGAGGACGUCAAACAAACCAAGAAGCCGCCCGCCCCGCCGGACCCGAAAGCCGCGCGCGCCAAGGGCGUGAAACCGAGCAGCAAGGAGAAGCGGAGCCCGACAAUGGAGACGGAGGCGCUGGCACCGGCCGGGACGGUGAACCCGCUGCUGGAGCAGGCCGAGCACCGCGAUGGGAAGGUCUUCCUGCCCGGCAACCGGGAGCUCAUCAACCUCAACCUUGCCUGUGAGCGAGGGGUGGGGGGAGCCUGUGGGGCUGGCGGAGCAGCACUGGGCUCAGCCCCACGCGUGUGGGGCUCGGCUUGGCCGCCCCCUUCGCCUGCUGUGGGCACCUGGGCGGUGAUGCCCAGCACGAAUCGUGGCAGAGCAAAAAUUGCCCGGACAUCGCCUGUCCCCAACCGGUGUGCUCCUUGCCCAGACAACCACAUCACGGAGCGAGGCCUCCGGGCCUUCCUGGCCGUCGUGGAGGGGCAGCAGCAGCAGCGAAAGGUGCCGGCAGGGGCCAAGGGGAAGCUGGGGCUGCUGCGCCUGUCGCUGCAGAAGAACUGCUUCCCUCCUGCCUGCGCGGCCUUCGUGCAGCUCCAGGAGCUGCUGCGGCUGCGGGACCCUGUCCCCAAACGCAGGGGCAAGGAGGAGGAGCAGGGCGGGGGUGCUUAGCGCGGCAGCCG